AUUAUUAUUAUUAUUAAAACAGAGAACAGAAGAGAACAGAACAGAAAACAGGGUGGUGCUGCUACCGCCUCCUGCAACCCCCCAGUCCUGAAACCAAACUCUCCUCCCCACUAAACGAUAAAAUCCUUAGAUUCUGCAGCAUAUCAUUUACUCCUCUCUUUCUCUCUCUCUCUGUCUUUUGUUUGUUCUUUGCCUCUCCCCAGCUUUGAACUUUGAGCUCAUACGUAGCACCCCUGGGAUUCUCUUUAAAAAAAGAAAUAAAAAAUAAAAAAUGAAUAGUUGGUUGGGAUUCUCUGUCGUUCAAGAUGAUGAUGGUAAUCAAGAUUUUCCAGGAAAUGAAGAAAAAGAAGAAGAAGAAACAACAGCUACAAACAACGUUGGGCAACAAGGAGACGUAGAAGGAGAAGGUGGGUGUUUAGCUAAUCUCAUGUCUUUCCCUUCUCAUGGCUUUUUCGACCAAGAUUGGAGGAGGUACGAGAAAAACAUGGUGGAGACUCCAAAGCUGGAAGAUUUUCUUGGCAGCUGUUACACUCCUCCUCCUGAAAUCCCCACCGGAGAACACCUCAGCUCAUUCCCACCCACGGCCGCGCCGCCGCUUCCUUUCCACUACCCACACCCUUCCAACAACCCCGCCGCCAUGUACCCUUUCCUGUUCGAUAACGCCCCCUCCCCCUCCCCCUCGCCUGCUGCAACUUCUUCUACUUCCAUUUCCGGCCUGAAAUCUUGGCUCAGACAAACGCCGCCGCCGCCGCCGCCGCCGUUUCAACCUCUUUCCCUCGCCGUCACCCCUUCUACUUAUUCUCACCCGGAACCCGCGGUUUCCGACGCCAAGAAGACACCACCCGCCGCCCCGCGAAAAUCCAUUGACACCUUCGGCCAAAGAACUUCCCAGUACCGUGGUGUUACCAGACACAGGUGGACUGGGAGAUACGAAGCUCAUCUGUGGGACAACAGUUGCAGAAAGGAAGGACAAACCAGAAAAGGAAGACAAGUCUAUCUAGGGGGUUAUGACACGGAGGAAAAAGCAGCAAAAGCUUAUGAUCUAGCUGCUCUCAAGUACUGGGGUCCAACUACUCAUAUCAACUUUCCUAUAAGCAUGUAUGAGAAAGAGCUGGAGGAGAUGAAAAACAUGUCUAGGCAAGAGUAUGUUGCACACUUACGAAGGAAAAGCAGUGGGUUCUCGAGGGGAGCCUCUGUGUACAGGGGAGUCACAAGGCAUCAUCAGCACGGGAGGUGGCAAGCUCGAAUAGGGAGAGUUGCUGGGAACAAGGACUUGUACCUUGGCACCUUUAGCACACAAGAAGAGGCUGCAGAGGCCUACGACAUUGCAGCGAUAAAGUUCAGAGGAACAAGUGCAGUGACCAAUUUUGAUAUUACUAGGUACGAUGUUAAGCGCAUUUGCUCGAGCACAACCCUCAUUGGUGGAGACCUUGCUAAGCGAUCCUCGGGUCAUGGAAAUCCAGCUAAUCCCCUCGACGAGUUUAGCUCUGGUGCAUCCCCUUCUGCUGCUUCUUCUCAACCCAUCCUAGCUGGCGAAAGCUCGGCUUCGGGGGGAGAUAUGGAUUGUUCGCGGGGUUACUACGCGUUGCAAGGUCCUUCCCAGUACGAGGAUGGCAACAAUGAAGGUGAUAAUAAUCCUAGUAUUGUUCACCCAGCACCCAUGUUUGCAUUGUUGAAUGAGUGAAGGAUUGAAAGAAGGAACUUAGUUCAGUGACAGAUGUAUAGUUGUAGGUUUCUGUGUAAACUUAAGAAGAAGAAGAAACCAUUUCCUAAUGUUAAAGAAGGGAAAGUGAAAGAGAGAAGGUAGAGAAGAGUUCAAGAAUGGGUUAAAUUAUGAUAGAAUCUUACAACCAAGUAUUCUAAA